GCCGAGCUACCUUUCGCAGGCACGAGACCCGAAAACGCGUCUUUUGAUGCUCAUUGCUGCGGGCUCAACACCAAACAGUGCGGGGCAACAACAGCCGAGCUUCAUCACCUCCGUCAUUCCGAAACUACCCACACAAUCAUUGACCUCAUUCUUCCCGCAUCUGGUCAUUUACAACUUUUCCCUUUCUUUCCCCCUCUUUUUCUCUUUUUCCCUCUCGGUUUUCGUGUCCCGGACCAGUACUUCGACGCCUAAAAAAGACUGAAAACCUGUGUUUUGCUGGAAAUGGCUGGUCCUGUCCCUAUCGCCCACUCCUUGGGUGACAUCUACACCCCGGAUGCCCUGCCGUCGCAAACUAAACGGUGGAAUGGUCUUUUGGCCAAGUUCGAGUCGCUUAACGGCCAUGCGCCUGAAUUCGUUUCACGGGCUCCGGGCCGAGUGAAUAUCAUCGGCGAGCACAUCGACUACUCACUGUAUCCGGUGCUGCCCAUGGCUAUCACGGCUGAUGCCCUGCUCGCCGUGUCAACCAGCCCCACCCCUACCUAUGGCAGCACUUUCAAUAUCACUAUUUCAAACGUCCAGGAGGCAAAGUUCGCUGCCCACGAGUUCGACAUUCCGUUCGACAUGGUGGACAUUGACGCCACCGUCCACGAGUGGACCAACUACUUCAAGUCCGGCCUGCGUGGCGCAUUAGAGUUACUUCGCAAGAAGAAGGGUCCUAGCUUCAAGCCCAAGAGCAUGAAAGUCCUCGUCGACGGGACUGUCCCAACGGGUGGCGGUCUGAGCUCCAGUGCGGCCUUUGUGACCGCCAGUGCUUUGGCUGUCAUGGUGGCCAACGGCGAGCAGACCGUCGACAAGACCGAGUUGACGGAGCUGGCCAUUGUGAGCGAGCGCGCAGUAGGCGUGAACUCUGGCGGGAUGGACCAGUCAGCCUCCGUCUUCUCGGAGCGCGGCUCCGCCCUCUUCGUCUCAUUCGCCCCGACACUAAAGGCGCGCCCAGUCCAGUUCCCCGAGACCGACCCGGCGCUAGUCUUCCUCAUCGCCCAGUCCUUCGUCACCUCGGACAAGUUCGUGACCGGGCCCAUCCACUACAACCUCCGCGUAGUGGAAUGCACGCUCGCAGCAGCCUAUCUCAACGCCGCCCUCAACCCGCCGGGCACCCCGCUGCCCACCGACGCCGCACCCCUGGGAAUCAGCCUGCACGGCUUCCACGAGACGUACUUUGCCCUGCAGGAGCAGGCCGGGGCGGCCCACAAGUCGCCACAGGAGCAGCUGGAGGAGCUCAUCAAGCUGACGUCGCAGACGCUGUCCAAGCCCGAGGGCUACUCGCGCGAGGAGAUCGCCGCGGUGCUGGGGAUCAGCGUCGGCGAACUGGAGGCGCGCUUCACCACCCAGAUCCCCGUGCGCGCGGAGCGCUUCAAGCUGGGCCAGCGCGCGCAGCACGUCUUUGGCGAGGCGCUGCGCGUGGUGCAGUUCCUGUCCCUUUUGGAAUCCUCCUCCCCCUCCACCACUUCCAUCGAAAACGACAUGGGAACGCGCCUCGGCGCCCUGCUCAACGCGACGCAGGACUCCUGCCGUGAGGCGUACGAGUGCAGCUGCGCCGAGAUCGACAUGCUGUGCGGCCUGGCGCGCGACGCCGGCGCCUACGGCAGCCGUCUGACGGGCGCCGGCUGGGGCGGCUGCAGCGUGCAUCUGGUGCCGGCCGACCGCGUCGCGCUCGUGCGCGAGGCCUGGGAGAGCGGGUACUACGCUAACCUGUCGCUCACACCCGAGCAGAGGGAGGCGGCCGUGGUGGUCAGUCGGCCGGGCGGGGGGAGCGCGGUGUUUAUGGUGGAGGGGGGUGUUUUGGGCUGAGGAGUUGAGGGGUUAAGAGGGGUUAAGAGGGGUUUUUGUUUUC